AUGGGAAAUGAGGAUAGUGAUAAUAAGAUGCCAGCUGUUGGUUCGAAGGUUACAUUGAAGGGAAAGCAGUACCAUAUCCAAUCAGAACUGUACGAUGGACCCUUUAGCAAAGUUUAUGCCAUCAAUGAAGGUUGUAUGCAAUAUGCUAUGAAGAUUGAGCGUACAAUAGGGUCAAAAAGACCUGUACUGAAAUUGGAUGCAUUAGUGUUAAAGCAACUUAAUCGUCAUGAUAUUACCGCAGGAUUUCCACGUUUAAUUGCUGCUGGUAGGACACCACUUUAUAAAUAUAUUAUCAUGGAAUUGGUUGGUCCAGAUUUACAACGCCUGAGACGUUCAAUACCAGCAAAAAAAUUCAGCCUCUCAACAGCGCUUAGACUUGCAUCUCAAACAUUGAGACGUAUCGAAGCGCUUCACGAUAGCGGUUGGCUUUGUCGUGAUGUUAAGGCAAAUAAUUUUUGUAUUGGGAUGAAAAACAUGGGAUUGAUUUAUAUGCUUGAUUUUGGUUUUGCACGAAGAUUCAUUCGUGAAAAUGGUACAUUGAUUGAACGACGGAAUGCGGCCAGUUUAAUGGGCACAAUAUAUUAUGCGCCGAUGAAUGCACACAAUUUCUCGGAACAAUGUCGAAAAGAUGACCUGGAAUCAUGGUUCUAUAUGAUUAUUGAAAUGAUUGUCGGAAAUUUGCCCUGGUUCAUCCAUGAUCCCAAACGAGAGUACUUGUUAGUUGGCGAAUGGAAAAAAUUCACACGUGGUCCCGGCAGACAGCUACUGCUUCGAGAUUCCCCCCAAGAAUUUGAGGAAAUUCUAGAUAUUAUCGACCAAACAGCAUUUAAUGCCCGACCGAGGUAUCGCGUGAUUCACGCUUUCAUCAAUCAAGCAAUGGAUCGCUUAAAGAUUGAUAAGACCAAACCAUUUGAAUGGCAAGAAGAUCCGGAAGUGCUGAAAAAAAUUAGUACGACUGAUCAGCACGGAGAAUCUGAUUCAGCCAGCAAACUUCUUCAGAAGAAAGAAAUCAAGAACGGACCAUUGGAUGUGUUGAUCAGCUAAGAAUCAGAAAGUGUCACAAUUUUUGCG